CCUAGUCUGUCCUUCCUUUCUCUUUCCAAGUCACAAAGCCCUCCUCUUCCCUCCUUCGGGCUCGCGGCUCCCCUGUUUCCGAUUUCAGACCGGAACCGGAAGUGCAGUGGGCGGGCCCGGCAGCGGAAAGUGCAGCGGCGCCGGAGCCGGGACACGGCUGUGGCAGCAGCCCCCACCCGGGCCACGGAUCGCUGGGUGGCAGGGCUGCGCGGCUCCAAGCUGAAGGUCGGUCCGGAGGAGGGUGGGCGCGAGCCGCACCUGGAUUGUCCGGGUGGCACUGUCCUCGGGCCCCCCGGGCGCCGCGCGGGAUCAUGUCUACAGCCUCUGCCGCCUCCUCCUCCUCUUCGUCUUCGACCAGUGAGAUGAUCGAAGCCCCUACCCAGGUCCUUAACUUUGAGGAGAUCGACUACAAGGAAAUCGAGGUGGAAGAGGUUGUUGGAAGAGGAGCCUUUGGAGUGGUUUGCAAAGCUAAAUGGAGAGCAAAAGAUGUUGCUAUUAAACAAAUAGAAAGUGAAUCUGAGAGGAAAGCAUUUAUUGUGGAGCUUCGGCAGUUGUCUCGGGUGAACCAUCCCAAUAUUGUAAAGCUAUAUGGAGCCUGCUUAAAUCCAGUAUGUCUUGUGAUGGAAUAUGCUGAAGGGGGCUCUUUAUAUAAUGUGCUGCAUGGUGCUGAACCAUUGCCUUAUUAUACUGCUGCCCACGCAAUGAGUUGGUGUUUACAGUGUUCCCAAGGAGUGGCUUACCUUCACAGCAUGCAACCCAAAGCUCUAAUUCACAGGGACCUGAAACCACCAAAUUUGCUGCUGGUUGCAGGGGGGACUGUUCUAAAAAUCUGUGAUUUUGGUACAGCCUGUGACAUUCAGACACACAUGACCAAUAACAAGGGGAGUGCUGCAUGGAUGGCACCUGAAGUUUUUGAAGGUAGCAAUUACAGUGAAAAAUGUGACGUCUUCAGCUGGGGCAUUAUCCUUUGGGAAGUGAUAACACGUCGGAAACCUUUUGAUGAAAUUGGUGGGCCGGCUUUCCGAAUCAUGUGGGCUGUUCAUAAUGGUACUCGACCACCACUGAUCAAAAAUUUACCUAAGCCCAUUGAGAGCCUGAUGACUCGUUGUUGGUCUAAAGACCCUUCUCAGCGCCCUUCCAUGGAGGAAAUUGUGAAAAUAAUGACUCACUUGAUGCGGUACUUCCCAGGAGCAGAUGAGCCAUUGCAGUAUCCUUGUCAGUAUUCAGAUGAAGGACAGAGUAAUUCUGCCACCAGUACAGGUUCAUUCAUGGAUAUCGCUUCUACAAAUACCAGUAAUAAAAGUGACACUAACGUGGAACAAGUUCCUGCCACAAAUGAUACUAUUAAACGCCUAGAAUCUAAAUUGUUGAAAAAUCAAGCCAAACAACAGAGUGAAUCCGGACGUUUGAGCUUGGGAGCCUCCCGUGGAAGCAGUGUGGAAAGCUUGCCCCCAACCUCUGAGGGCAAAAGGAUGAGUGCUGACAUGUCCGAAAUAGAAGCUAGGAUUGCUGCGACCACAGCAUAUUCCAAGCCUAAACGAGGCCACCGUAAAACUGCUUCAUUUGGCAACAUUCUGGAUGUCCCUGAGAUCGUCAUAUCAGGCAACGGACAGCCAAGACGUAGAUCCAUUCAAGACUUGACUGUUACUGGAACAGAACCUGGUCAGGUGAGCAGUAGGUCAUCCAGUCCCAGUGUCAGAAUGAUCACUACCUCAGGACCAACCUCAGAAAAGCCGGCUCGAAGUCAUCCAUGGACCCCUGAUGAUUCCACAGAUACCAAUGGAUCAGAUAACUCCAUCCCUAUGGCCUAUCUUACACUGGAUCACCAACUACAGCCUCUAGCACCAUGCCCAAACUCCAAAGAAUCUAUGGCAGUGUUUGAACAGCAUUGUAAAAUGGCACAAGAAUAUAUGAAAGUUCAAACAGAAAUUGCGUUGUUAUUACAGAGAAAGCAGGAACUAGUUGCAGAAUUGGACCAGGAUGAAAAGGACCAGCAAAAUACAUCUCGACUGGUACAGGAACAUAAAAAGCUUUUAGAUGAAAACAAAAGCCUUUCUACUUACUACCAGCAAUGCAAAAAACAGCUAGAGGUCAUCAGAAGUCAGCAGCAAAAACGACAAGGCACUUCAUGAUUCUCUGGGACCGUAACAUUUUCAAAUAUGCAAAGACUUUUUUUUUAAGGAAAGAAAAACCCUUAUAAAGACAGUUCAUGAGUGUUAGCUUUUUGGCAUGUUCUGAAUGCCAGCUGCCUAUAUUUGCUGCAUUUGUUUCAUCGUUUAUUUUCCUUUUCUCAUGGUGGACACACAAUUCCACUGUCUUGUUGCAUAAUGUGUUGGCAUCUGUGACUUGAAUUAGCAGCAGUUCUCAACUUCAGAACAGCUGCAGUGAACUGUGGCUGUACAUGCAUGCUCAUUGUGUGAAGGCUAGCCUAACAGAACAUGGGUGUCAAACUAGCUGCUAUGUGCAAACAUCGUCCUUUCUGCAUAUUAGAGGUGGAACCUCAAGAAUGAUUUUGUUCUUGUAUCUCAUCUCAAAAAACUAAUAUUUUUCCAAAAGAUGGUAUAUGCCAAGUUAAAGACAGGGUAUUAUUAAUCUAGAAUAAUUGGUGGUACAUUACAGAAAUACAGAUCAUUUGGGGUUACAUGGCUUUGAUGCCAUCAUCCUUGGAUCAGUACUGAACUUAGCUCCAUCUGUAAAAUAUUUAAAGGUAAGUAGAGGCUGCUGAAUUUAAUGAAAGCAAUUUUUCCAGAUUUCAUUAGACUAAAAUUUGUUUGAUACGCUGAACAAAAUGGAUCUUUUUUUUAGGCAUAAAGAUUUUUAAUUCUGUGAUUGUGUAUAUGUGUGUGUUGAAACUGUAAAGCUUUUAUGACUCUAGUAUUAAUAUCUCUUAAAUUAAAGGACAAAAAAAAAACAUGAUCCAGCUUAAAUGAUCAUUCCUUCCUGCAAUGAUUAUUGGAUCAUUUUAUCAUAUAUUUGAAAAACUAAAAAGAAAUUAUGGAAAAUGGAAAUAAUUGCUCCAGCUAAAAGCCUUGGGCUUAGAUUACUUUUUACAUCAAAUGAAGAAUAAACCAGGAAAAUGAGGAAUAACAAGGAAGUUAAAGAAGUAAAUGUAAAUUCAUCAUGUAUCUUAUUUAUGCUAGAUAUUGGAAUAAUUGAUUUUCCUUGCAAGCCCAUUCUAGAAUGCUUGCUGCCUAUCAACACUUUUAAGAGAAAUUUCAGCACAUAUAAAGAGAAUAUUUAUAUUGUUAACAUUAACUUUGCUACCAACCUUCAAAACUUAAAAGUAAUAAUAAAACAUUAUUAAAAUAAUAGACCACACAAGCUCUAUUUUUUCAGUUGGUAUUAAGUCACAUUUUGAUACUGUACAAAAUGUCUUUUAAAUAAGAGUAUCAUCAAUCUCAUUUUGUAGCAUUAACGUUAUAUGAAGAGAAAAAAUAAAAACAUAACUACUCCAAUUGUUAGAAUUCUAUCAUGAUUGUAUUGUAGAUUUUGCUCUAUUUCAGAUAAGCAAGUUGAUCUAAGAAGUUAUCAAAACUAUUCUUAAAAAUGCUAAAGCAGGUAACUUUUUCUUCCAUUAUUUCUUCCUCGUCCCCCUGAGUUUUAUAAUGAAUCUUUAUGUAUACAAGCAAUAAAAGUAAAGGACAGUUUGUACUAAAUUGUGUCAUUUUUAGCUUAUUCCGAGACUAUUAUUAGAGAGCUUCUGGGAACUAAAUGUUUUCUAUCACUUAAUUUCCAUAAAAGGAAGGAAUUGUCAUUUCCAAAUAAUUGAAUUACCUUCCUGAAACUCUUAUUGACGUCAGCAUAUUACCAAUAGUAAACUACAGUUGACACAAAAAAUACCUGGAGAACAGACCUGUUGAGAAGCAUGACCCAGCAUUGCUGCUUGAGUGUACCUCUGUCAACUCCACCAAAAGGGACCUAGUCACCAGUUAUCUCAGAGCAUGAGACGUGCAGGCAUGAAUGCUAAGGCUUGACAUUGCCAUAGCAUUUAGCAUUGGAGAUUUCAGGUUUUAUUUUUAGUCACUCAUAUGCUCUGCUGUAUUAUAACACACUUAAAGGGAAAAUGUAUUGUUAAUAUUACAUGUAAUCAUAAAAAUAUCCAAAUAGGUAAAUGGAAGAGAGUAGAUUGUAGUUAUGGUACCAAAUGCAAAAAGCUGUUGAACAGCUGCUUGUUUGUUUAUAGUAAGUUGCAUUGCAGUGUCAUAGAUGUCCUGGACAUUGAGUGCAGUUCAGCCUUACUCUGUUUUUUAAGUAGUUGUGUUGCCAAUCUCACACUUUUAAGUCCUCGUUAUACCUGGAGAUGUACACCAAGGAUAAUUAGGAUCCAUAGACAGUUUCCUUGGUAUCUUCACCCAUCAAACCUUCCAGGAGCCAAACAAUUAAUUCUGGGUUUUUUUUGUUUUUUUGUUUGGUUUGGUUUGGUUUGGUUUGGUUUUUUUUUGUUUUUGUUUUUUUUUUUUUUUUUUUUUUUUUUUUGACAGGCAGAGUUAGACAGUGAGAGAGAGAGAGAAAAACAGAGAGAAAGGUCUUCCUUCUGCUGGUUCACCCCCCAGAUGGCUGCUACAGCCGGUGCUGCGCCAAUCCGAAGCCAGGAGCCAGGUGCUUCCUCCUGGUCUCCUAUGUGGUGCAGGUUCCAAGCACUUGGGCCAUCCUCCACUGCCUUCCUGGGCCACAGCAGAGAGCUGGCCUGGAAGAGGAGCAACCGGGACAGAAUCCGGCGCCCUAACCAGGACUAGAACCCGGGGUGCCUUUGCCACAGGCGGUGGAUUAGCCUAGUGAGCCACAGCACCAGCCAGUUAAUUCUGUUUUGCUGAUUUAUUCUAACCCUCUUAUUUGGGUAAAAAUAGAGAAACAGAAAAGCAAGGGGCUAAAAUGUCCUAGUCUAAGAAAUUCACAAGUGCUGGCUUAAUGCUGAAUCAGGCAAAGCCAGCACCAGCGACAUCAGCAUCCCAUAAGGGCGCCGUUUCAUGUCCCAGCUGCUCUACUUCCAAUCAGAUUCCCUGCUAAAGUGCUGGGAAAGCAGCGGAAGAUGGCCCAAGUGCUUGGGCCCUGCACCAAUGUGGGACAACCAGAAGAGUCCCUGGCUUCUGCCUGACCCAGCCACUGUGGCCAUCUGGUGAGUAAACCAGCAGAUGGAAGAUAGCUGUCUCCCUCUUACUUUGUAACUCUGACUUUCAAAUAAAUAAGUAAAUCAAAAAAAAAAAAAGAGAGAGAGAGAAAUUCACAAUUCCUGAAGAAGGCCUAAUUACAUUUUAUUCUUGCCUCCAGGUUAAGAAAGCAAAGCUUUUGUCUAAUCUAAAGGGAAACACUCCUCAGCCAUAAAAAUGGCUUUUUUGAGUUGAAUAAAAGUCAGUUAACAAUAUUUACCUUAUGGCAACAGGGCAUAUUGAGGAGAUCUCUUUAAAAAGUUGUUUACAAGUGACUGGCUCUUUCUGCUGAAGUAUUUUAGAGUAUUGAAUAUCUGUUUUUCUUCAGAUUUCUUUCGUGUUUCCUAAUUUCAGCCCCUGCCUGUAGCCAAAGGCCACAGGUCUUGCCUGUGAAACUUUGGUGUCCUUCCGUCAGCACUCACCUCCUCUCUUCAAGGAGUAGUAAAUUCUACUUCGACUUCCAUCAUUCAGAACAUUUCAUGUAAAAGGAUGCGAUGCUGAAAUUCUUGUGUAUACUGUGUAACUGAA